GGGUGCAAUAAGAGGGUUGAGUGGUUCUAGUAAAUAUUUAUAUUGCAUUAUGAUAGCCAAAGCGUGAGAGAGAAAGAGAGAGAGGCAGAGAGAGGGAGAGUUAUAGAGCGACCACCCCUUUAUUAAUAUUAUUCCACACCGCUAAGUUUAGCAUUCAACACGUGUCGCCAGUGAUGGAGCGAGAGAGUGAGGGAGGGAUAGAGAGAGAGGUUGAUGGUUGCUAGGUGACCGGGCGCAUAUACUGAAUUUUAACAAAAGAACAGGGAAAGGGGGAGAGAGGAGAGAGGGAGGGAGAGAGGUAGAGAGAGAUCGAAAAAUUGAAUACAUGUAGAAUAUAUAUUUAGAUAUAUCUUUUCAGGGGGGAAACACGCAAACGGAUACCUCAAAAGGGAAGGAUGUGAAAAGAAUGGAGGGACGAAGGGAGCGAGGGGGGAAAGGCUCAUGAAAAACAGCACCCUCUCUCAGUGCGCUUUACAGCUUCGCCCGCCCCCCUCCGCCCCCUCCCCCUUCCACGGUUGGUUGAUCUAUUGCAAUGGUCGCCAUACCCACCCUCUCUCUCCUAUUGGCCCUGGCGGAGUGGGCAGGACCGGUCACGCCCUCCCCACACCUCUUGCUCCGCCCCCGGGAGCGGGAGAGAGACCCGGGGACUAUAAUGAACUUCAACAUCGCUGUGAUCCACGCGGGGGCCAGCGUGCAGGUAGAGGCGGCGGCCGGGCCCGGGGGAAGGGUGCUCUACCCUGGGUUUGGCCGGGCACACAGCUCCCUGGGGGAGAGCGUGAUCACCCAGUGGGGCUCUGCUAACGUCAUCUGGCUUCAGGUGAAUGACAGUAGUCCUAAGACUCUGCUGUCCCAGCUGUGUGACCUGCUGGCAGCGAGGCCCCUACAGGGCCUGGUCUACGAGGAGGAGAGGCCACCACCCACCGCCUGGGGACCCCUGGCCCCCAUGUUAGAGUUUGUCUCUGCCCAGACUGGACUACCCAUAGUGGCUGUAGGCGGAGGAGCAGGGCUGGGGAGGAUGCAACAGGAGUCAGGCUCCAUCUUCCUCCAGUUCAGCUCAUCCACCAGCCUCCAGCUGGAGGUCAUCUUCAAAAUACUAGAGGAGUACGACUGGACCACCUUCUCAGUGGUGUCCACCCGUCACCAUGGCUACCAGGACUUCCUGUCGGUGGUGGACGGCCUGACGGACGGCUCGUUCAUCGGCUGGGAGAAGAAGAGCGUGGUCAUGCUGAACGUGACGGACGACCCGGGAGGGGCGCGUACGCGCAGACUGCUCAAGGAGAACGAGGCGCAGGUACGUCUGCUCUACUGUUCCCAGGAGGAGGCCGAGCUGGUGUUUAAAGCAGCCUGGGCCGCAGGUCAGGCUGGACCCUCUCACAUGUGGUUCGCUGUGGGGCCAGCCCUGUCCGGCCUUGGCAUGGAGGGUCUUCCCAGGGCCCUAUUCGCCGUGCGUCCGCAGGGCUGGAAGGACAAGCCCCGCAUGAGGAUCGCCCGGGGCGUGUCCAUACUGACCCACGGAGCGGUGGCACUGCGCCGUGACUAUGGGGCCUCUGGAGGGCCAAACUUUGUCACCAACUGCAUGACGGAAUCCAAUCAAACACACAGGGUGCGGGGGAGGAUGAGGUAUUUCAGCAACAUCACGUUGGGUGGCAGAGACUACUCUUUCGACAGUGACGGAUACCUGGCCAACCCCGUCCUAGAAGUAAUCUCCUAUACACCUGGCAAAGGCUGGGAGGAUGUAGGGAUGUGGGAGAACGGUAAGUUGGAUUUGGUUUAUCCAGCGUGGUCGCGUUACGGUCCAUUCCUCCAACCGCCUGAUGGCGCCCAGCACCUGCGCGUGGUCACUCUGGAGGAACGUCCGUUUGUCAUCGUGGAGCUGGCUGAUGCCGCCUCCAACACCUGCAUCAGAGACUCUGUACCCUGCCGACGACCCCUCAACGCCAGUAUUCCUGUCCAGGAUCCCCCAAAGAAACAGUGCUGUAAGGGCUUCUGCAUCGACAUCCUCAAACGAUUGGCCAAGAUCGUUGGUUUCACCUAUGACCUCUACCUGGUGACCAACGGAAAGCACGGGAAGAAGAUUGAUGGAGUGUGGAACGGCAUGAUUGGAGAGGUGGUGGGACAGCGUGCAGAUAUGGCCAUCGGAUCCCUCACCAUCAACGAGGAGAGGUCAGAGGUCGUGGACUUCUCAGUCCCCUUCGUGGAGACGGGCAUCAGCGUCAUGGUCUCCCGUAGCAACGGAACCGUCUCACCCUCUGCCUUCCUAGAGCCCUACAGUCCAGCGGUGUGGGUGAUGAUGUUCGUCAUGUGCCUGACCGUGGUGGCUGUGACUGUCUUCAUAUUUGAGUUCUUCAGUCCAGUUGGCUACAACCGCAGCCUUUCCAGCGGAAAGAAGACAGGAGGCUCUACGUUCACCAUAGGAAAGUCUGUGUGGUUGCUGUGGGCCAUUGUGUUCAAUAACUCGGUCCCAGUGGAGAACCCCAGAGGAACCACCAGUAAGAUCAUGGUGCUGAUCUGGGCCUUCUUCGCUGUCAUCUUCCUGGCUUCCUACACAGCCAACCUGGCUGCCUUCAUGAUCCAGGAGGAGUACAUAGACACUGUGUCUGGACUCUCAGACAAAAAGUUCCAGCACCCCACAGAGCAGUACCCCCCUCUGAAGUUUGGCACGGUGCCCAACGGGAGUACAGAGAAGAACAUCCGCAGUAACUACCCUGGCAUGCACCAUUACAUGGUCAAAUAUAACCAGAGAGGGGUGGAGGACGCCAUUAACAACCUCAAGACUGGGAAGUUGGAUGCCUUUAUCUACGAUGCAGCUGUGUUGAACUACAUGGCCAGGAAAGACGAGGGUUGUAAGGUGAUGACCAUAGGCUCUGGGAAGGUAUUUGCCACCACAGGCUACGGUAUCGCCCUGCACAAGAACUCCCGCUGGAAACGCCCCCUCGACCUGGCCCUGCUGCAGCUGGUGGGAGACGAUGAGAUUGAGAUGCUGGAGCGUCUGUGGCUGUCUGGUAUCUGUCACAAUGACAAGAUUGAGGUGAUGAGCAGUAAGCUGGACAUAGACAACAUGGCGGGUGUCUUCUACAUGCUGCUGGUGGCUAUGGGGCUCAGUCUGCUGGUAUUUGCCUGGGAGCACCUGGUCUACUGGAGGCUCAGACACUGCAUGGCUACCAGCUCUGGGAGACUGGACUUCCUACUGGCCAUCAGUAGGGGCAUGUACAGUUGUUGUAGCUUUGAGGAUGAAACCACGCCGGGCGGGGCCAAAUCCUCCAUGGCUAUGCUACCCCACCAUCAUGGCACCAUGGUAACAGUCCCGCCCCCGCCACACUUGGUCAGUGCGUCGUCAACCAACCCGGCCCUGACCAUGGCGCAGCAGCAACAGCAGCAACAGUCACAGCCCGUCUACAAAACACAGCUACCUGGAUCCCCUCCCACCGUGGUACAUUCUGGAACGGCGCUGGGACCCUCCAACACUCCCAUGCUGGGGGCGCCCCUGCCCUGCUCCACAUUCCUCCCCCGGCCCGAUCGCAGACUGGCUGUGGUGGACCGCUGGAGGCUGCCCAAGGCCGGGACCGCCACCAACCCCAUGGCUGUCCGCGGGGCCGUCGCAGACAUGGGACCCUUCCCCCAGAAAGUGGCUCCGACCUGGGGCACGACAGCUGGAGGAGUGGGGGUUGGUGGUGGUGGUGGUGGUGGUGGUGGUGGGGGGCUGGAUGGAUAUAAACGCUACUAUGGACCCAUCGACCCUGAGGGUCUGGGGCCCUGUAUGGACCAGCCGGCAGGGUCCCAGACCCCCAAAACAGCCCCCAGGAGUCACCCUCAACCUCCUCCUGCCACUGUGGCCUUCUACUCAGAGAAAGGUCCUGACCAGGGGGUGGGGAAGAGGGUGGAGGGAGGUGGUGGUGCUGGGUGUCAGGGGAAGGGAGGGGUCAAACCUUGGACGCCUCGGCUGCCUCCUAAAAGCCAAGCCGUGGGCGUGACCCCAGUCCCUCUGCCCACUAACCCCCCGCUGCCACAACCGUCCCCCCCUCUCCCCUCAUCCUUUUGGAGGAAGCGCCGGCCCAAGAAGCCCAAAGAGCCAGGCGGGCCUCUGUACGAGAACAUCCUACCACUGGGGCGCAGGGGAGGAGGAAGGGAUGGAGCGAGGGACGGUGGAGGGAGGAGGGGACGCCCCCUCUCUCCUCCUCUCCCGCUCCCCGUAACCAUGCCCAUGUCCCCCACCUACACUCCCCCUUCCCCCUCCACCUCACUCCCCUACACAAGCUCAACUUCCUCCUCUUCCUCUAACACAUCGUCCACCUCUUCCUCUACCUCCUCCUCUCGCUCCUCCUCUCCUUCCUCCUCCUCCUCCUUGACCUCUCAGAGCACGCAGGAAGGUUUGGACGCAGAGGAGGAUGAUGAGGAUGAGGAGCUGACAGAGGAGUCCAGUCUUCUCCUGGGGAGGGGGAGGGACAGACAGCGUUCAAUUAUCUCCUCUCGCUCUCUCAGUCACGGGCGCCAGCCACCACCUAUACCACCCCGAAAACCACGCCCUGCCCGAGGGGAGAGAGAAAGGGAGAGGGAGAGAGGAGGUAGCCAGUUGGCCCAGUUACAGGAGUGGUGGGCGGGCUGGGGUGAGAGAGAGAGGGAUCGCAGUGGAGGAGGAGGAGAUGACGAGAGGAAACGAGAGAAGAAGAGGAGGAAAGAUAAAGAGAAGAAGAAAAAGAAGAAGAAGAGGAAAAAGAGAGAGGAGAGGGAACGAGAGAGAGACAAAGAGAGGAAGAGACGGAAGGUGAAAAAGAAGCGGAAGAAGAAGGCGCUGAAGACGAAGAAGAGGAAGAAAUCGACUGGGCGUUCCGAGCAAGAAGAGGGGGAUGUGGAGGCAGAUAGGGAGGGAGAGGGGGAUGGAGGGAGAGAAGGAGGGAUGCCAGACUACUCUUCCUUUCCAACCCAGUAUCGUAGUACGUUUGGGGAGAAAGGGAGAGAUUCAGCAUGGGCAGGAGAGAGGGAGCGAGGAAGGAGGGAGGGAG